AUGGCAAACCCAACCAUCUGGCCCUUUGCCAAGGUCUUCCAGGAUUACUAUAAGAAGUUCGCCCGACCGCUGCCAAAGCCUCAUGAUCCCAGCGACCCCACCAAGGGCCUCAAGGUGGACGCGAUCUUUGUGUACAACGACCCUCGAGACUGGGCGUUGGAUGCUCAGGGCAUCCUGGGUACCAUUUCGGAGAAGAACGGUCGAACCGACCUCCCCAAUCGAGGAUACUUGCAGGACGGUCAGCCGCCCCUGUAUUUCUCAAACCCGGACCUGUGGUGGGCGGCUGCGUACCAUCUUCCACGCCUCGGUCAGGGCGGAUUCCGCGAGGCACUGGAAGGUGUAUGGGCUGCUGUUACAGGAGGUCCCGGUAAAGGUGCUGAGUUGAAGAAGACGAUCAUCGGAAAGCCCUACCAGGGUACGUAUGAGUUUGCAGAGAACCAGAUGCUACGGAAUCGGUCGCGUGCUUUUGGUCCGUCGGCAGAUAUUCCUCUUCGGAACGUCUACAUGGUCGGUGACAACCCGGAGUCGGACAUCCAGGGCGCGAACACGUACCGCAGUCCGCAUGGCAGCAAGUGGCACUCGCUUCUUGUGCGGACCGGUGUGUAUAGUGGAGGUCAGCCUACGUGGACACCCGAGACCAUCGUGGACAACGUCCAGAAGGCGGUCGAGUAUGGUCUGAAGACCUCGCAAUGGAAGGUCUGA